AUGGAUUCAUUGACAGCAGGAUCAGUUCCUGUACAGGUGAACAUUGUGCCAGGACGGAACGAUGGGCAGUGCAGGCUCCAGGAUGAGCAGAAGAGCCUUGAUGAGUAUGAAGAUGAUGAAGCAGGGCAGAAGGAGCGAAAGAAGGAGGAUGCUAUUACCCAACAGAAUACGAUACAAAAUGAGAGCUCCAGUGCAGAUACCUCUGGCUCAUACUUGUUACAGGACUCCUCCAGGAUGGUUUCAAGCAGGUAUAAAAGCACAACUAACGUGCCAGAAGACGAUGCUCCGAAUAGAUAUUCCCGAACAGACAGGACAACUUACAGCAGAUACAGCAGGGAUGCAAAUUCUUCUGGCAGUUCUCUACCAAGUAACGCUUUGGAAAAGAGGAUUGAGGAACUUGAAAGGGAACUUGCAAAGGAGAGACAGGAAAAUGCAAGAUUAAUGAAGAUGACACAGGACAAAGAGGAACUAAUUGGAAAACUGAAGGAAGAAAUUGAUUUAUUAAACAGAGACCUAGAUGAUAUAGAAGAUGAAAAUGAACAAUUGAAGCAAGAAAAUAAAACCCUCUUAAAAGUUGUUGGACAGCUGACAAGGUAGAAGAUUCAAGCCUCAGUGAGGAAAGAUUUAAAAACUACUGAUUGAACGUUAAGGUCAAUAUAGUAAUACUUCCUGUGUUGCAGUAUGUUAUAAUAACUGUCUUUAUAUUUAUUGUUAGGAAACCAGAUGAAUGUUUAUUUUCAUAGUACUUUCUUCUUCAUUCAAUGAAAUGGCGUCAAAUUUGGGGUAUAUUUUUAGCUUUUAUUCACAUAAGAAUAAUUAAAAUUAUUGACAUAUUUCAAAAUAUUAAAUUCAAAACAGUUUGGGGUUUGUAUCUUCAGAUUACAUCUGGAUAAAUUAGAGUAAUUUAAAAUUCAUAGCACCAAGAUCACUUUCAGUCCAUGUGGGUGUAUAUUUUUGAAAUGAAUGGAAGCAAUACAUGUAAGCUUUGUUUACACAGAUCCAAAAUAUAUAUUUUGGGAAAUAUUUCCUUUUUUGUUUAAACAGCUGUAAAGUGGAUGCCUUAUUACUGACGUAUAACAUUUUGCAGAGUGAUUACUUGCUCUAUAACUCUUGUACGUUGAGGUUUUUUUACUGUAUCUGAAAGACUGACAAUAGUAGACAGUAG